AUGCCCAUGACAGUGAGAAAUGGCGAUAUCGCUCCAGGAAAGCGGACUUUGCGAUCGAGGACCACGAAUAAGUCCAAACUUGGGUAUUCGAGUUCUGCGAACUGCAGACGGACAAGUUCUUCGUCAUUCAUUUUUCUUUGUAUGUUGAAAUGAAUUUUUCUUGGAAUGGCUCAUUACUUUUUUCCAACCGGAUAAGAAGAUAAUAAAUUAUUUCAGCUGAAGUUAUCAGGGCAGCAAACAUGAAGAAUCAAUAUUUAGCGGUGGCGUUGACUUCCAACCGUCGAAAAAAAAUUUUUUGAGUUAAAAAAGAAAGGAAAAAAACUUGGGUUUGCUCUAAUUAUGUGUCGUAAUUUUUCGUAGGUUUGAAAAUUUUAAUUAUUUUCACUCGCGAAAGAUCCAAAUUUGCAAGGCGAGAUUGCCUCGGAAUCAAGUCUUAUCCUCUCAAAAGAAAUAGUUUUUAGAAAACUUUUUUAAACUUUUAAAGUUCCAAAUCUCUCUACUGAGAUAAAUUCAAGCCAUUCGAGCUAAGCAGCAACUAAUUUCUGAACUUCUCGAAAAUUGAAGACGUUUUGAAAAAAUUUCUCAUGAACUUAUGAUAAAUCUAACUAUUCUCCUCUAUGGCCUUGGCGCAGGCACCACUCGACCUACUUCUCAAGAAGACAAAACGAUAAUUGAUAUUUCUACUAUGCUUCCACCGCUUUAUAAAAUAUUUCUGAUAUUGAUUUUUCUGGCUAUCAUAUUAUUCAUUUCUCUUGAAUUUGUCACAAAGAUUCAAAACAAGAGAAGUUGCACAAACUUGCCAAAUGGACACUUUGCUCAUCCAGUUAGUUUUCAAAUUAAUCAUUGAAGCUUCUUGGUCUUCUCUAUAAAAGGUCAUCAAGCUGAAGAAGAUUGGUGGGAAAUUCCGAAAGAAUUCUGCUUGCAGGUCAUAUUUCCUACCGGUCCCCCAGUACUGCCUUUUCCAAAGUCGAAAUAUACCCCGAUUCCGACCCGAAAUUCUUCAAAGGUGAACUGUGACAAAAUUGCUGGCCGCGUGGUUUUUAUCAUCAAUUCGCGGUCUACCAAUUUAGAAGAACAAAUUUUCCAACGACGCCAAAUUGACGAUCUUUGGUUGCAGAAGGUUGCACUUUCUGGUUUCUUGCCCUUAUAAGAUCAGUUUCAGAUCAAUGCAGUUCGAUAUUUUGUAAUAGGAGUAACGAAAUCUCAGAAUAUGGAAGUAAAAAACCUCUUUGACGACUUGUUGCAAUGUGAUGUAGAAGAAAACUAUCACAACAUAACUUACAAAGCUAAGAUUACGGUUUCAUUUUAAAACUAAUCGAGUUUUUGCAGGCUCAAUGCUGGAUAAAAUUAUUGGGGGAAUGUCGUGAACAUCCAAAGCUCCUGAUAAAAAUUGACGAUGAUGUUAUGGUGGACAAGUUGGGAGUUGAGUUUCUAAUCGAAAGGUUAGAACUUUUUUGGUUUUAAAGUUCGAAGUUUUCAGAUACAAGAAAAUGAAAAAUUCGAUAGUUUGCCGUGUUUUUUCACAUGGUACGGUUGUGAGAAACCCUCUUUCCAAAUGGUCUGCCAAUUUAUGAGAAAGUUUACGUUAGAUCUUCAGGUACCUUUCACAAGUAGAGUAUUCUGAAAACGACUUGGGAACUUAUUGUCAAGGUAUGGCCUACAUAUUGAGCGGAGACUUGCUGCAGCACAUGCGCAUGAAUAUCCCGAGAUUGCAGUUUUUAUGGGUGAGUUUUUAAAAGUUUUUUUUUCUAAUUUUUACUCGAAACAUUUUUAUUUUGAAGAAAAGCCUAAAACCAUGGUUCGAGCUUUCUCAUAGCCGACUCACGGCUAGUUUGUGACGCUGAGGAGGCGUGGCCUGUCUGAGCCCUUCACCAACCAGGCACUGUCUCUUUUUUUGAUCGUGUCAGGACUCUUUUUUUAAUGACACAAACUAGCCGUAAAUCAGCUAGAAUAAAGACAUUUUUUAAAGAUAUAGAGAACUUCAUAUCUCAAGAUUUCAGAUGGACGAUUGGUACGUGACCAGAGCUUUGGUACAUACUCAAAACCCAAAACUCUACUCUAUCGAUCGUCACAUCAUUUCAACUAACUCGGAAAACGAGUUGGAAGUAGCUCUCAGAAAAGCAAGUAGAAAAAGGGAAAAUCGGAUCAUAUUCGCUCAUUUUCGUCCUGCAGAACGGUGAGCUUUUGACCAGACAAGGAAAUAAACUUCUUCAAAAUUUCAGCUUCAACCUUACAAAAAGGAUAUCUUCAUGGAGUAGAAUCCAGAAAUUGAACAAUUUGUGUCGAUCAUAAAACUUCAUUGCAACAUUUCGCUUCAGAACGCUCACCAAGCUUCUCCAGAAUACCAAUUCAACGCACAUUAG